AUGGUCCACACUGGGGAAUGUGGGAAGGGCUUCAGCCACAGAUCCACCCUUGUCACCCACCAACGCAUCCACACCAGAGAGAGGCCCUACGAAACGUGUCCCGAGUGCCAGAAGACGUUUCGGACCAGCUCCGAUCUCCUCAGGCAUCAGCGCAUUCACACCAAAGAGAGGCCCUUCCGCUGCCCUGAGUGCGGGAAGGGCUUCAAGCGCAACUCCCACCUCAUCAUCCACCAGCGCAUCCACACUGGGGAGAGGCCCUAUGAGUGCCCCAUAUGUGGGAAAAGGUUUCAGACCAGCGCAAACCUCCGCCAGCAUGAGCGCAUUCACAUGGAGGAGAGGCCCUUCCACUGCCCCAACUGUGGGAAAGGAUUCAAGCAAAAGUUCAGCCUCAUCAGGCACCAGCGCAUCCACACUGGGGAGAGGCGCUACGAAUGCCCCACAUGUGGGAGGAGUUUCACCCAGAGCUCUGACUUGAUCAGACACCAACAGAGCCACCAGUAA